AUGUUCGGUCGAGGCCUCUUUAACAUGAGUCCAGAUAUAUUCGAAAUGGCCAAGAAGACUCGGACUCGCAAAGUCGUCUUUGAUAUCACGUACAAAUGGAUCCCGUUCGUGUUCGUCGUAUUCGUGGUCAUCGUCUGUACGGCACUUCUGAGCACCUCGGGCAAGCCGUCCUACGGCAUAGUCGUUGCAUUUUGCAUCACGGCUGGACACCUCGUGUUUCUCUUUCUACUGUGCCACCUAGUGCUGUACUGCACCGGAAUCAAGCACCAGAUGAACUUGGAGAAGGCCAAUGGUGAUAAUAGCACUGCCGAUUCGAGUCCCCAGCCCGACAAAACCGUCUCCUCGAACUCGUCCGCGAAUGCCAACAAUAUCAAUACCACCAUUCAGGAGCAGCAGGCAGCGCAUGACCAACCACCGCAUCAAAAUCUUGGCAGGGAAGGACACCAUCAAAGUAGCCAGGAUGAUCGGAAUCACCAAAUGGGCCGCAAGCUCCCAAACCGCAAUCCAGCAGCACAGCCUGGUGUUCACCGGCUCAAUCAAGCUGCAGACUACGGCCCUGUCCAGCCGAAGAUCCGGCGCGAAGCAGGCAUUGGAGUCCGCCAACAGUUUCCUCCGCCCGUCUUUCCUCAAGGACCGAGGGAGAGUGUCUUGCGCCGUAGUUCAGCGACUCCGAGCCCUCUGCGUGUGAGGCGGCCAGCACCUCAGGUGCAAAGUGACCAACAUCGGCCUCCUGCUGAGCAGGCCUCUGACACACCGUCGCGACCUCCACAUUCGCAGCAUAUGUCUGGCAGGGAUGGGAUGCUUCUUCAUUCGGCACGAACGACAAUGUCACAAGUGGAACCUGCGGAGCUGCCUUCGCACGAGCCGACACCACGGCGAGGUACGGCGCCGAGAGACGCAGUACCGCAGCAGACACCACAGAGUAGCUCCUCCCAUCAGCGCCAAGGUGGCCUUGGCAUCGCCUAUGUAGGGCCACGCGAUGAGUUGUUCCUGCCCGCCUUCCAGGACAGCCUCCGCGGCCUCUCGGCUCGUAUCACUACGUCCAGGGACCAGGCUGGGCCUCAGGACCGGGCUGCCGAGGCGCCGAAUAGCGUACAGGCUCGAUUCGCAUUCGUUGGGGGACCUGAUGUGCUGGAUCUCCUAUCGACUCUUCUUUCCGAGAUGAAGCCCCCCACCCAUCUGUCGGGCGUAUUGCCUGAAGACUGUUUUGAGCGGCCUCCAUCAGUGCCAGCUGAUGUCGCCGCGGUGAAUUUCCAGAACACAGAGCGGAAGCCUGUCCAACUGCGUCCUGCCACGCCCGCAGUGGAGAGGAUUCGAAGCCAGAAGGCGCGGGUCCAGAAAAUGACAGGAAGGGGCCCAGGUGACAGUGGCUACUAUACAGCUGAUAGCACUCAACAUCCGCCAUCGCUGCCGCAGACUCGGGAUGCCUCGACAGCAGUAUCAUCACCAAGUUCGAAUUCCUCUCGACCGUCUUUCUUGCCCUCAUCAGGCACAGAAUCAGCGCAGCAUAGUUCGCACCCGGGGAGUUCAGUGUCGAGCAUGGGCUCGGAAUGGAUGGAUAUGUACGAGCGAGCGGGCUGGGGAGACGAGAGUGCAAUAAGGUUCAUAACGGGGAGACCUCGUGACAAGAUACCGAGGCUCCGGGGCCGGUCUAGGACUUAUUAG